CUGUGAGAGCAGUUUGAACAGGAAGGCGGACAUGUUGCUCGGGGAGAGUUUAUUAUUUUUCAAACAAACAACGUCGAUCAAAGCCUGAUUUAUCGAUGUUUAAUACGCCUCACUGGAUUACUGUACGCCUUAGUGACGCCUAAAGCCUGGGAUUCAUCCACAGAGGACACUUUUCUUUCUCAAACCGGGACGGUAAAGGCUUUUCUAACUGUUUGAGUUGUGAAGGCGAAGUUUUUUUCUCUGGGUUUUUUCCGCCGCUUCUCUGCAGCUGUCAGAGAGAUCUGGACUCAGGCCUGGGAUCAGCACAGCUUCAUCACUUCACAUGCUGGUUUUAUUAUUAACUGCUCAACCAUCUGUCUGACCCUGUAUGGCUUUUUUUCUUUUUUAAAUAUAUAGAUUUCCACUUUCGGGCGCUAGUUUAAGCAGCAUCACGGCUCAAAUCACUCACUGCAACUUUUUCUGCUCGCUUUGCCGACUUGCCAUGGACUGAUCGGGAUUAAAUCCGCCUUGCUGUGGUUCUGAGACCGGUUUUGCUGUGUGAAAAUGCGGAUUUCGGUCGGAUGCCGCUCCUGGAGACGCAGUGCCGAGUGUGAGAAGCUGCAGCGGCAGGGGAAUCCGCUCCUCUGAUUCACAUCGCUCUCAGGAGGAAGUUAGCUUGCUGAGAGCUAGCAGGCUAAACUCGCUAGCCGGAGACUCGCAAGGAUUAAAACACCGUCUCUGUGUGUAUUUUUUAAUUUAUCUAUCGUGGCAUUGAACUUUAAGAAGAGGAAGAAAAUGUCUGCUGGGGAGAAUUUAUCGGCUCGCUUUGAGAAAAUAGAUUCCAUGCUGAAGGAUCCCAAGUCAGAGAUCAACACCGACUGCCUGCUGGACGGUUUGGACGCUCUGGUCUAUGACCUCGAUUUUCCCGCCCUGAGGAAGAACAAGAGCAUCGACAACUUCUUAAGCAGAUAUAAGGACACGAUCAGUAAGAUCCGGGAUCUGCGAAUGAAGGCUGAUGACUAUGAGGUGGUGAAGGUGAUUGGGAGAGGAGCGUUUGGAGAAGUGCAGCUUGUGAGGCACAAGGCCAGCAGUAAGGUGUACGCUAUGAAGCUUCUCAGUAAGUUUGAGAUGAUAAAGCGCUCGGACUCUGCGUUUUUCUGGGAGGAGAGAGACAUCAUGGCCUUUGCUAACAGCAACUGGGUCGUACAGCUCUUCUACGCCUUCCAGGACGACCGUUACCUCUACAUGGUGAUGGAGUACAUGCCUGGAGGAGACCUGGUCAAUCUGAUGAGUAAUUACGACGUCCCCGAGAAGUGGGCUCGCUUUUACACCGCCGAGGUGGUGCUGGCGCUCGACGGCAUCCACGCCAUGGGCUUCAUCCACAGGGAUGUGAAACCUGACAACAUGUUACUGGACAAAACGGGCCACUUAAAGCUGGCGGAUUUCGGCACUUGCAUGAAAAUGAACAAGGACGGUAUGGUACAAUGUGACACGGCGGUGGGAACCCCAGACUACAUUUCUCCAGAGGUACUAAAGUCUCAGGGUGGAGACGGCUACUACGGCCGAGAGUGUGACUGGUGGUCUGUGGGGGUUUUCCUCUACGAGAUGCUCGUUGGGGACACGCCGUUUUACGCUGACUCCCUGGUGGGAACCUAUAGCAAGAUCAUGAACCAUAAAAACGCUCUGACCUUCCCCGAUGACAACGACAUCUCUAAAAAUGCCAAGAACCUCAUCUGCGCGUUCCUCACCGACAGGGAAGUACGGUUAGGGCGUAACGGAGUCGACGAGAUCAAGCGGCACUCUUUCUUCAAGAACGACCAGUGGACCUGGGAGAACAUCCGCGAAACGGCCGCCCCGGUGGUUCCGGAGUUGAGCAGUGACAUUGAUACGAGUAAUUUUGAUGAUAUCGAGGAGGACCGGGGAGAGGAGGAGACCUUCCCCAUCCCCAAAGCCUUUGUUGGGAAUCAGCUUCCAUUUGUGGGCUUCACCUACUACAGCGGUCACCAGUUUUCUCGAAGAUCAAGCACAAAAACCAGCAACAAGCAUGAAAGUGCUACUAAAGAAGAUAAGAGCCAGUUGGAAAAUCUGUUGAAGAAAAUUCAGCAACUGGAGGAGCAGCUUCAUGGAGAGAUGCAGCUCAAGGACGAGAUUGAGCAGAAGUGCAGGGCUUCCAGCACCAAACUGGAGAAGGUCAUGAAAGAGCUGGAUGAAGAGUCUAAUGCAAGGAAAAAUGCCGAGGCCAGUGCGUCCCUGCUGGAGAAGGACAAGCUGAUGCUGCAGCACAGAACCACGGAGUGCCAGAGGAAAGCAGAUCAAGAGGGAGAAAAGAGACGCAACCUGGAGAACGAGGUUUCCACUCUGAAAGAGCAGCUGGAGAACAUGAGGAAGCUCAGCCAGAACACGCAGGCCUCCAGUGAUAAAAUCGCCCAGCUGCAGCACCAGCUCGAAGAGGCCAACGACCUGCUGCGGGCUGAGUCUGACACGGCGGCACGGCUCAGGAAGAGUCAGACGGAGAUGGCGAAGGCCAUGAGUCAGCUGGAGUCACAGAACAGAGAGCUGCAGGAGAAGAGCCGAGCAACCGACGACGCCAGGAGACAACUAGAGAGAGAACUGCUGCAGCUGCAGAAUACGCUGGACACCGAGAGACGGACCUGCAGCCAAGGAUCGGAGGAGAUCCGUCAACUACAGGCUCGUAUUACGGGGCUUCAGGAGGACAACAAGAACCUGAAGCAGAGCAUGUCCAAGGUGGAGACGGAAAGAAAACAGGCACAGGAGAGAAACAACGUUUUGGAGAAGGAGAACAGCAGUAUGGAAAUUGAUCUGAACUAUAAGCUGAAGGUCCUGCAGCAACGUUUGGAUCAGGAGAUAACGGAGCACAGAGUCACACGAGCUCAGCUCACUGAUAAAUACGAGUCCAUCGAGGAGGCCAAAUUUGCUGCCAUGCAUGCGGUGGAGCAGAAGGUGUCCGAGGAGAGCGUGUUGCGCCUGCGGGCUGAGAGUCGGGUGGUGGAGGUGGAGAAGCAGUGCUCCAUGCUGGAGUUUGACCUCAAGCAGUCGGUCCAGAAGAUGGAGCAACUCAUGAAGCAGAAGGACAGACUGGAGGAUGAAGUGAAGUCUCUGCGUGUUCAGCUGGAGCAGGAGUGUGGGAAGCGGGCGAUGGCUCAGAGCGAGCUGAAGAACUGGAGCGGGGAAGCCGAAAGGCUGAGAGGAACCGAGAAGCAGCUGAAGCAGGAGAUCAACGCGGCGCUGGAGACCAAACGCUCCCUCGAGUUUCAGCUCGCACAGCUCAGCAAGCAGUACAGAGGGAACGAGGGUCAGAUGAGGGAACUGCAGGAUCAGCUGGAGGCCGAGCAGUACUUCUCUACGCUGUAUAAGACUCAGGUGAAGGAGCUGAAGGAGGAACUGGAGGAGAGGAACCGACUGGUGCAGGAGGUGCAGAGGAAGGUGCACGAGAUGCUGAGCGAAAGGGAAUCUCUUCGGGCUCAGUUGGACCUGACGGUGACGAAGGCCGAGUCGGAGCAGCUGGCAAGAGCGUUACAGGAGGAGCAGUACUUCGAACUGAGCCAGGAGAGCAAGAAGAGUUUAACACGACACAAACAGGAGAUGAUUGACAGGGACUCAACUAUAGCACGGCUUGAGGAAUCCAAUAAAACUCUGACCAAAGACGUGGAGAACCUCAGCAGGGAGAAAGCCGAGCUAGACGACAAGCUCCAAUCUAAGGAUGAUGAGUUUCAAGCCUGGAGAGAAGAAAUUUCAAAUUCCAUCAAGGCCAACUACGAGAAGAUGCUCAAUCAGGAACGAACACUUAAGACGCAGGCGGUGAAUAAACUGGCCGAAAUCAUGAACCGUAAGGACAUGAAGCUGGACCAGAAGAAGCGCGGCAGCACCACGGACCUGCGCAAGAAGGAGAAGGAGAACCGCAAACUGCAGCUGGAGCUCAACCAGGAAAAGGAGAAGUUCAACCACAUGGCCAUCAAAUACCAGAAGGAGUUCAGCGAGAUGCAGGCGCAACUGGUAGAGGAAAGCACGUACCGUAAUGAGCUGCAGAUGCAGUUGGACAGUAAAGAAAGCGACAUCGAGCAGCUCCGUGAGAAACUGAACGACCUGCAGCUGCGCAUGGAGAACACGAGCGUGACGAGUCUGCAGACGGACGAGGUCGACAGCAACACUGCAGAAUCGCGAUUGGAAGGCUGGCUUUCCAUCCCAAACAGAGCCAAUAUCAAGCGAUACGGGUGGAAGAAGCAGUAUGUUGUGGUUAGCAGUAAGAAGAUCCUGUUCUAUAAUGAUGAGCAGGAUAAAGAGCAGUCCAAUCCCUCCAUGGUGCUUGACAUUGACAAACUCUUCCAUGUUCGUCCGGUAACCCAAGGCGAUGUUUACCGUGCCGAGUCAGAUGAAAUUCCUAGAAUAUUCCAGAUUCUGUACGCUAAUGAGGGCGAAUGCCGGAAGGAAGUGGACAUGGAGGCCAUUCCUCAAGGCGAGAAAGCUAACUGCCUGGCUCACAAAGGGCACGAGUUUAUCCCUACACUCUACCACUUCCCCUCAAACUGCGAGGCCUGUGCCAAGCCACUGUGGCAUGUCUUCAAACCACCGGCUGCGCUAGAAUGCCGCCGAUGCCAUGUCAAAUGCCACAAAGACCAUCUGGACAGGAAGGAGGAUGUCAUCGCGCCAUGCAAAGUGAACUAUGACGUGACGUCAGCACGUGACAUGCUCUUGCUAGCUGUCACCCAGGACGAGCAGAAGAAAUGGAUUGGCCAUCUUGGCAAGAAGAUCCCCAAAACACCUCCAUCUACUUUCUCUCGAGCAUCCCCUCGCACCAUGAGCACUCGCUCAGUAGCUAAUCAGUCGUUCCGCAGAAACCCUAAAAAUAUCUCUGGAAAGUCCAGCAGGGCGCAAUCCAACCUCCACGCUGCAGACACAUCGUCCAGCUCCUGCUGACAUCAACACCACAAGGAGAGUUCAGCGUAGUCUGUCUUUCGUCGGUUACCCUCCAUAUUUACCAUUCCUUAUUGUCCCACGUCUUUCUGGGUUCACACAGAGGUUUAGUUCAGUUAAAAAAAAAAAAAAACCCUUCUGCUUUACCAGCACAACAAAACUGUCAGCUAAAAGUUUUUUAAGGCUGCAAACCGAGGAUUUCUGAUUGAUUUUCAAAUUUACCCAGAAUACAGACCUUGGAAGCGAAGGCAUCUUUGUUAAUCAUAUUUUAGAAAAGUGUUUGAUCACCACCUAGUGGUGACGAGCACAUUUUUCACUAAAAUUGAGAGCCUGUUUGAUAAAAUUCAGCUGCCUUAAAAACCUUUUGAGGAACUGUUGAGGAAAGGGCUCAGCGGGAACGUCUUUCAGGGUGUCGUGAUCCAAACGGAUCAGGUCCGUCAGAACAGAGGGGAUCAGCUGUGGUGUGUCGUCUUCACUUCUUUUAAUGUUUGUUAACUAAGCAUGAAGGCAUAUUCUAACAACAUUUUCAUUUUUGCUUGCUUCUAUUGAUGUGAAAAUAUAUAAAAUGGUUAAUAAUAAAUAUCAAUAUACCAUGUAGGCAAGUGACGAUAUUAAAAUUUCACAUCAUGCUUAAGGUUUUACCACUAGUUACGAUAUUAUCAAAACUCUUGUUCCAGCACCAUGGGGUGGUAUGGUUUUGUAAAUAAACUUGUUAAAAAUGAAGACCCUUACCCUACGUUUACACUAGGACAAAGUGUCAGGCUAGCAUUCUUUCAGCGUUUUGAGUGGCAAGCAGCACCGAGAUGGCUUGAUUGAUUAAGCCAAUCAUAUGGUGUGUUUGGUCCAGCAUUUCUUCAGUUCCCCACUCACAACUUGAGAUCCUGCAUGUAAUUAGUCUACACACAAAUGGAAGAAGAGUGUCUCUGUGGUUUCAUUUUAUCCUGUCUUAUACAACUUCUCAUUUAAACGUGUAUAGAGACAAACGAAGAAAAAUCAAGAGAUUGUUGGAUGCAGCUAGUAGGUCGUUUCACCAACGAAACGAGUUCAAAGCAGAGAACGUAUUGUAUAAACGAUAAAUGUGAAUGUUUUAAACAAAGGUGAUGUAUAUAAAUUUUCUAAUCACCACCAAGAUACAAACUCCAGCUUAUCACUCGCUAGUGUGAACGCAGGGUGAGUUGUCAAAUAUCACAAAAAUCCUGAUUAUCGUCACAUGCCUCAUUUGUAGUGUAGUGCCUUGCUAUUGGUGAGAAUAUGAAUCCCUUCUUCAAAAAAAAAAACAAACUGCAAAUUGUUCUCCUCUGCUCUUCUUUUUCCCUUUUCCAGCUAACCACCUGAACCUUCUCUCUGAAACAUUGGGACUGCUCAAUUGGGAUUUUAUACAUCACCAAUUAAUAAAAAAAAAAAAACCUUUAAAAAGCAUUUAAAGAUAAAUAAUGGAAUUAACCUUAAGUCAACGUUUCACACUGGGACGGAGAAGCUGGUGGGAAAAGCCUCCUCCUGUCCUUUACACAGCUCGUGAUGGGACCACACGUUGCUUUGAAGGGAACUUCGAUGGGAUUCGUAAUAAAAGGUUCUUCACUCUUGAGAAAGUCGACUCUAAAUUGGCGGCUGCAAUGUUGGAAACUUCGGCCUGAUGGACUCUUUCAGCCUUACUGUUCCUGGCGGGCAAUAAAUUAACAUGGGGCAAUAAUCAAGACGGAGUACUGGGUACUGAGUAUUAGUCUUCUCUCUCUCUCUCUCCCCCCCCCCCCUCCCCCCAAGGAGCAUGCAAGAUCAUUACAAUCUAUGCAUAUUGUUAUUAUUGUUAUUAUUAUUAUUGUUUAUGUUUAUUAUUAUUAUUAUUAUUAUUGUUGUUCAGAAUCCUCCAAGCUGCAGGAAUUCCAUCAGAAUGGCUGAAGGAUCGAUCGAAUCGCUUAAAUUUCAUUGACUUUUUUUUUUGUUUAUUUGGGUACAUUUAUUUCUGAAAUGUUUUCUCUGUAAUGUUUUAUAAUGUUUUUUGGUAAUGUAUUGCCUUACUUUUGAUUCCUAGAGAUGAAUGGUUGAAAAAGGAAAAAAAAGACAAAAAAAAAAGAGAAACAUUAAGUUAACAAAUGUAAAACUGCACUGUUUGAAUUGUAAGUUAUUUGUAGAAGACUAAAACAGGUGUAGCGUUCAGCCCACCUAGUGCCUUACCGACUUUUGAGACCGAUUUUUACUGCCAUAUCUGUUUGUGUUCCUUUUCAAAAUGGUAAAUCCUAACUAUUUGUUCUUUUUAAGGAAAAAAAUAAGAUGUUAUGUAUAUCAUCCACGUAAUGGUUUUAUCAGGGCGAUCCAUCGCAUAUCAAACGUGUCAUUCGCUAGAAUCUCCAGGUUUCAUGUUUUCUGAUUGAGACGGUGCUCUCGGACGGAGGGGACGCGGGGAGUAGGCUUGUGCCGAUAUUAAUCUUUUAUAAACUUGGAGACGUUCUUAAGCUUCUUUGGAUGGGUCCAAACCAAGAUGAAGGAUCUCUGAAAAGGAAACACAGCUAGUAAUUAGCAUGAAUCCUAAUUUUGGAAUAUUAGUGUUUAUAUUCAUUCAUUCUGAAAUGCUACCUACCUGGGCAGUGUAGUGUGUAGACUCCAGGUAUAUCACCAAUUUUCAAAGCAUCUAUGCUAAAGAUAUUAUGUUAAAAUAUCACAAUAUUAAGUAUUGUUUAACAGAAUACCGGCACAUUCCUACUUCAGAGCUCAAAGCAAUAACAGAUCCCAGAUCAGCUAAUUCUCAGGUCCAGUCUCGCCAGUUGCCAUGUUGGUCACAAAUGAACAUUUUUUUUUUUCCAAUGCUAGCAACUCCUUGAGAGUGACUGACAUCCCUGGGUUUACAGAGGCGGUGCUGAUGUAAACCACAACAAGUCAGUCGUACGAGUCGUGUGACGAAACCACUUUUUUUUCCUUUUUUUUUUUUAAAGCUCAAUGUAGUGCAUGGAAUAAAAUGCUAGUUUUAAUUACACUAUAUAAAAACUAAGCUAGUUAGCUACCUAAACACUUCAUUGAGCUAACGUUCACGUUGCCCUAGCUAGCCGAGUUAGAUGCCGAGCUAGCUACGUUUUAGACUAUUAUAGUAACACACUGUUAGUCUGAAUUGCAAAGUGUAAUUAAAACCAGCAGUCAAAGAGGAGAGAAGUCUUAGUGAUGUCAUACGCUCACAUCUCUGAUUGUUUGAUCAGACUUAACUCCGUAUGUACAAAGCUAGGGACGCUUUAUAUUCGAGGAGAAUCUGUACAGCGUUAAUUUCGCUGUGAAAUUGUUCGAGAUCUUGUUCAUUGUGUAUGAGUUCCGUCGUCUCCGUCACAUCUGUAAAGUUGUAACUUCUCCCGUUUUGUUUUGUUUUUUUUCCUCCUCCCCCGGACAAAGUCUCGUUUGUUUUUUGUUUUGUUUUUUUGCCCAUCGACUAGCGAGACAGAAAUCAUGAAUACCUCCUCAGUUAUUCGCUACGGUUUUUAGGUUAUGUGUUCAGUUAAAUGAAGCACUGGAACUAUGGUGGCUAUCUACUUGGAUGAACUGCAUGUUUAAUUAGGUUUGGAGGCCGCACUGAUGGAUGUGUGUCAAUAAACAUUAUCUUUAUCACCUA